CUGCUGCAGCACCAACUGGAUUCGCGAGUCAAAGAAAUCAUGCACGGCCAUAACCCUCUGUUUAUAAAGCCAUAGCGUCCUUCAGUCUAAUAUGCCCCGACGAAGUAUACAUGUAAACGAAACCACGGACAUCUGUUGAAGAACGCCAAGUCAACCUUAGUUAUCGAGAUACUGUUUAUCAAUCACCAACAUUACAUCAAAAUUCGAAGCACGUUACCAACUGCGAACCCGCGAGUUCUCACAAUAUGACUAUCAAAAUCGUUCAAGUCGUCAACAAUACAUGCGAGACGGUCCGUUAUGAGAACCUCCAAAGCGGAUACUCAGUCCAGGUUAAACCCAAGGAUCCGAAGAAAUGGGAAAAUAAUGACUGGAUACCCUGCUCAGACUACCACGAAGAUACAGUUCCGACAAAGUCCUCCGGCAAAUAUAUCCGCAUCACCGUUGGCGAUAAAGUACCUUUCAAGCUUUCCGACGACAGAUGGACAUUCAGUUUUGUUGACUACCCCGACGGUGAUACAAGAGAAGGAAACGAGCGUCGGCUUGGUACUUUCGAAGGAGGUGAGAAAUUGGUUCUUCGAGUAGAUGGGCUCGAAAACCUGGACAAGGUCCAAGUUGCUACCACAAUCUACAAAGUGGAUGAGUCAUUAGGUGCCGGGCAUGUUACAGCGUCAGUGCUUUCCAGCUUGGCUACCGCAGUCUCUCUUGUUCUCAUGGCAGUCUUCCUGUGAAGGAAAGAAGAUGCAAGGUGCCACUAGCUUAUAUAGGAUAGAUGAAGCUAUUUGAAUUGAUGAUAUUUCUGGAGAA